CAUCAUCGAUGCCUUGUCCAGCCUUCAUAGCUCCACAAACUAGUCAGCGCAAACACGGACGCCAUCAGGCUACAACCGCCUAUGUAAAUGCUCUCACACUCUCACCACAGACUGACACAGCUCUACUACGCUAAAAAUCCGACUUCUUCGCACCUACUAUGACUUUCAAGCCAGCGCUUGUCGUCGUCGACGUCCAAGAGGACUUCUGCCCUCCUAAUGGAUCGCUUGCGGUGCAAGGCGGACGAGAUAUUGUCCCAACUGUGAACGAGCUCCUUUCACUCCCUUUUCCGGUCAAGAUCGCGACCAAAGACUUCCACCCUCAAGACCACAUAUCGUUCGCGUCGAAUCACCCGCCCCCGAACAACAAACCGUUCGAGUCGAUGAUCACUAUUACAAAUCCACUCAAUCUAGAGGAAACCCAGGAAACGCGGCUCUGGCCCGACCACUGCGUCCAAGGGACAAAAGGCUCGGAGCUGCUCCCGGAGCUCGAUAUCGGCAAGUUCCAACAUAUUGUGGAGAAGGGCCAAGAUAGGCGCGUGGAAAUGUACUCUGCGUUUGCAGACCCGUUUACGAACCCAAACAUCUCCCGCAGCAAUCUUGCGCAGAUCCUUCGUGACGCUAGUGUUACAGAUGUAUACAUAGCGGGCCUAGCGGCGGAUUAUUGCGUCAAGUUCACAGCUCUUGAUGCGCGAAAGGAAGGCUUCAAUACUUGGGUGGUGGGUGAGGCAACGAAGCCGGUGGACGCUUCAGCUCUGGAAGACGUGUACAAGGAGUACAGCAAGGUUGGAGUGACAUUAAUCGGUAAGGAAGACGAGGCGAUCCAGAAGGUCAAGGCAUACUCGUGAGCGCAGAGCACAUUGAAAAAGCUUCUAUGUUUUGGGUUUAAGGCAGAUACCCGAUGGGAAGUGCUGGCUGUACCCUGCUCAGCCUUUACUACUCAUCACCUAUAGAUACUGUAUUGAGCUUG